GAGAAAGUGCGUCGCGUUUUCGACAGGCUUCUGGAUAGAAUAUUUCUUCAGCUCUCAUUUGGAUCUACUUGUUACCUGCUAGAUCUGAUUCAAGCCUCUUUUUCAAUUUCGACUCUGUUCAAAACAUGUUUAAGGCCCCUGGAAUGAUGGAUGAUCCGCAUAUUCCUACACUUGGAAAGCCUCCUAUCUUUCAGGAGCUUGGAAAUACAGGACGAAGAGCACUAUGGGUCGUGGCAAUCUUAAUGCUCGUCUCCUCUUUGAUCUUCUAUAUUCUGGGUGCCAGAGUAGUAGUGCAAAAACGGCUUUUCCAUGUCCUAACAUCCCUCGUAACAACCAUCUCCUUCCUUGCCUAUUUCGCUAUGGCCACGGGAGAGGGUAUUGGCUAUAAUGUUGCUAGCAUUCGCCAGGAACACAAGAAUGCGCCUGACACAGUGGAGGAAGUCUACCGCCAGGUCUUCUGGGUUCGCUGGCUCAACUGGGGCCUAACGUUUACUAUUAUCCUUAUCAACUUGGCCCUGUUGGCGGGGAUGAAUGGAGCUAGCCUUCUCAUUUCGGUCGCUGCUAAUAUUACCAUGUUCGUUACUGGGCUAAUCAGUGUCUUUAGCGAACAUGGUACAAGAUGGGCAUGGUUCACGAUUUCAUGCUUGUCAUAUCUCACUGUCGUAUAUCAUACUGGAUUCCAUGGACGCAGGGCAACAUUGGCAAAGGACAAUCAGACCAGGGCGUUUUACUCCUCGAUUGCGGGAUACUUCCUCGUUCUGCUCCUAAUCUAUCCAAUCAUAUGGGCUGCAUCAUCCAAUACACGCCGGAUGAGCGUCGACGCCGAGAUUAUCAUCUAUGCGAUCCUUGAUAUUUUGUCACAGGGAGUGUUCGGAUACUGGCUCCUUGUUUCCCAUGAUAGCAUGCAGUCCAUCACUCUUAGUAUUGAUGGCUUCUGGUCCAACGGAAUUGGCAACGAAGGAACGAUCAGAGUUGGUGACAACGAGGGGGCAUAAUCAAAGCACCACUUUCGUCUGUCAGGCUUGGUCGCAUUUCCAUUCUUCGAGGCCCGGCCUGUAAAAUUAACUUUGACCACACGACAGGAUGGAGAUAUAAAUCCGUGAAUACUAGGGGAAGGACGAGAUGAUUUGAUGCAGUUUUGAGUUGAAAGUUAUUUUCGGUAUGACCAUUUUUUGUACGCAAUCCGUAUGGGCCUUGGCUGGGGCCUACGAGAUCUUAACUUGUUUAAAAGGAUAUCUGGACUCUUGGACUGCCUUUGUCACCUGUGUGUGAAUGGUUAUUGUUCGAACCCCUUAUAAUCGAGGCAUUUCCUUGAUGGAUUAGUUCCCUAUUGGAUUGCCUGAUAUGUACGAUAUUGGAAAGGCUUGCAUGUCUUGUUGAUUGUACCACAAGGCUGUAAUUAUGAAUCAACCUGUUAUAAUAGCGA